AUGGAUUCAUUCGAAUUCGACGGCUUCGAUCUCGAAGCGUUUCUGCUCGCGUCCAGCAGGCAUGCAGAAGGAUUCCCUUUAUCCGCGAACGGCAUGCUGGUCAACUUCGACCACAAGAGCGACGGGUACCCUGGCUACUGUGUCAUAACAUAG